AUGGAGAGAAACGUUAAAACAAAUAGGAACAAACACACGUCUUUAUCUUCAUCUAAUUCGACACUGACACCGAAUUUUACAACACUAGACUCUUUUGUUUCCAAGUUCCACCCUAUAGAUGACGAACUUCCCUCAUUUCGCGAGUUUCUCAAAUCUGUAAGAAUAUACCCACUCCCCCCACAACAACGACACUAUGUUCCUUUGAAACUCAAGUAUCGGAAGGACUAUAAAAAGUAUUUACGAUUGAUAACAAUAACAUUACUACGGUCGCUGUCAAACAGUAAUGUAUUUAUCAAUGGUGUGCCUGGUAUUGCUAAACGUGGAAGUCGUCGAUUUAAGGAAGCUGGCAGUGUAGUAGGAAAUGGACCUAAAGAAAGGGUUAAUGGUUGGGGCGGGUGUACGGAAACAUUGACUAAAGCUAGUUUUUUCACUAUGGGCGAGAUGCUUGAUUAUAAUUGGUACAAAGUUUUCCAAUUGCUUGGUUCAAUGAGGAUGUCUGAAUUGAUAAUCAACUGGAAAGGGUUUGUGAAAAAAAAUCCCAUUUCUACUUUAACCGCCACCAGUGGUGAAUUCAAUGCUGAAUUCAAUGCUGAUUUCAAUAAAGUUGGAGAAUAUGUGCAAAUUUUUGGUGAUGGUUUAACUUACAUAAAAAAACCAGCUGUAUUAGAUAGCAAACUGAUUUUCAAAUCUGAUGUGAUGAAUCGAAAUGGGAGGAAUUUACGAUUCCGACACCAUAGAUUGAUUCAGCUGACUGCAGAUGAGUUACUAGUGGAGAUAUUUCAAGCUAAUGUUAAAUCAAGAAGAUAUAAACGAGUGAAACAUGUUUUAGAAAGCAUCAUACAGAAUGAUGUGCGGUGUCGCUACGAUAUAUUGUACCGUAAUUUACUAAUUGAUCGAAAGGAGAUUGAUAUGUCCGAUAUACUGAGCAAUGCCAGUGAGUUGAAAGAUGUAGUGAGGUUUAUAUUUGUGAUAUUGGGUAAGCUUUUUAAUUUAGAAUGUUGGGGUGGUUUGGAAAACAAAAAAAUCAUACGCAAAAAUAUCAUUAGGUAUCUCAAAUUAGAAUCUAUUUCCAAGAUGCAUAUUCAUGACGUAUGUACAGGUUUGCAGUUGGUGGAUUUUGUAUGGUUUGGAAAGAAUGGCAAGAAUGGUGAGAGAAGCAUACAUUCAAAACAAGAUUUUGAGAUACGUUUCCAAAUGAUGCAGCGAUAUAUGCAUUGGGUCUUUGAACAUUUGGUUAAGAAGAUUAUUCGAAAUUUUUUUUACGUUACAGAGUCGACUCAAGGUGAAGUUUUAUAUUUUCCCCGGUAUAUAUGGCACAAGAUCUAUAAUCUUUGGCUUGAGCAAUAUGCACGAGAGAAUUUCAUUCCGACCCAGUUGACUGGGAUGGAGAAGUAUAACUAUGGGCGUAUAAAGUUGAUUCCGAAACGCAAUACGUUUAGGGUUAUUUGUGUUCCAGCCAAACGUAGUGUUUCCAGCUUGGGUGUCAAGUUGGAUGAAAAGCAUCGUGAAAAGCAGGAGAUUGAGUUUAAUGUUUUUCGAGCAAAUGAUUUGAGGCCGGUGAGGCUUGUUCUUUUGAAAAAAUUAAAUGAGAAGAGGCAAAUGGAUAUCAGCUACACAACUACUGCAAUUUCUAACCAACAAGUUGCCGACAAAAUAUUAAAGUUUCGGAGUGAGUUGCUCGAUAAAUUUGGCGCAAUUCCUCCGUUGUAUGUGGUAAAAUUUGAUAUGAAGGAGUGUUAUGAUCGGAUCAAUCAAAAGCAGUUAUUGAGCAAGAUUUUGGAUUUGUUUUCGAAUGAUGCGUUUGGUACAAAGUAUUAUUUUAGGUCGCAUGUCAAGCUUAAUCUGAAUCUGCAAAUCAAGUCGGUCAAGCAUGUUGUUGAAACUGAUUUUUCGCAAUUUGAUUUAUUUACUGGAGGUGUCAAGCACAAAGAUCUGAAGGAGCUGCUGAUGGUAAUUGAUAAGGGCAAGACGAUAUAUCUUACGCGCAAAAAUGUGCUUUAUCAUUGUGUGCAGCAAAUUUUUGGUGCCAAGUGUGUUAUACAGGAUCUGCAGAGUGGUGAGAUGCAAUGGUUUAGAAGACGACGUGGUGUUUUCCAAGGCUUUUGUCUUCUGAGUAUAUUCUGUGACAUAAUCUAUGGAGCGUUAGUUGCCCAAGAGUUUAGGUUCUUGUGGGAGAGUAAGGACAAGAUGGGAAAAGAAAGGUUGAAAGGGCUGUUUAUGUUGACUAGACUUGUUGAUGAUUUUUUGUUUAUAUCUCUGAGUGUUGAUAUGUAUAAGCAAGUGGUUGGUGUUGUUCAAGAAGAAAAAAGUGGGAAUUUGCGCAAGUAUGGUGCUUAUGUUAAUCAUGCAAAGACAGUAGUUGUUGAUGAUGAGAAUAGAGCAGAGACCAAAACAGUACAAUUUGUUGGUCUUGAUAUUGAUAUUGAGACAUUGAAAUUUCACAAGGAUUACGCAACUGCUUUUGGUUCUGGUUCUGGUUCUGGUGGUGGUUCUGGUUCUGGUGGUGGUAUAGUUACCAGUCACUAUAGAACGUUUCAAGCAUUGUUAAGUUAUUUGAAGAGGUCAUAUACGUUGCGACUCUAUAGUUACAUAUUGAAAACAGAGUGCAAUGACUUGUUUGAGUCUGUGAAAUGCAAUGUGAAUAAUUUGUUGGAGUUUAUCUUGGAGAUAUUCAAAAAGAGUUAUCAGAGAGUAGUUCAACUAGACGAGUUCAAGAUGGAAAAGUUUAUUGUAUUUUUGUCGCUGUUGUUGGAUAAUACAAUUAGCAAAUUUGUUGAGGCUAAUGCUUGUGCAGAUUCAGUGGGCUGGUCAGUGGACUGGUCAAUGGACGGGUCAGUGGAAGAGCUAUUUGAGAGUAUGCAGUACUGUAUGCUCCAUGUAUUUAAGAAUAGUGGGCUGCAGUUUGAGGAUGUGGUUUGUUGGUUACAUGAAUUUGACAACGUUUGA